GGCGGUGGUGUGGCGCGCGGCCCCGCCCCCCCGGGUGUGCGCGAGCGGCGGCGCGUGGCAGCGGCGGGAGCGCAGGGAGCGGCCCCGCCAUGACCGACUUCAAGCUGGGCAUCGUGCGGCUCGGCCGGGUGGCUGGCAAGACCAAGUACACGCUGAUUGACGAGCAGGACAUCCCGCUGGUGGAGAGCUACUCUUUCGAGGCUCGGAUGGAAGUAGAUGCUGAUGGAAAUGGUGCUAAAAUAUUUGCUUACGCCUUCGACAAAAACCGUGGCAGGGGAUCUGGCCGUCUCCUGCAUGAGCUGCUCUGGGAGAGACACCGGGGAGGGAUCGCUCCGGGAUUUCAGGUGGUACAUCUGAAUUCAGUGACUGUGGACAAUCGCCUAGACAAUCUGCGCCUGGUUCCUUGGGGGUGGAAACCCAAAGCUGAAGAAGUCUCCAGCAAACAAAGGGAACAAAGUCUGUACUGGCUGGCAAUCCAACAGCUCCCGACAGAUCCUAUAGAAGAGCAGUUCCCUGUCCUGAAUGUCACACGCUAUUACAACGCUAACGGGGAUGUGGUGGAGGAGGAGGAGAACUCAUGCACAUAUUACGAAUGUCAUUACCCCCCAUGCACAAUGAUCGAAAAGCAGUUACGUGAAUUCAACAUUUGUGGCCGAUGCCAGGUAGCGAGGUACUGUGGGUCACAAUGCCAGCAGAAAGACUGGCCCGCUCACAAGAAACACUGUCGGGAGAAGAAACGGACCUUCCAGCAAGAGCUUGGGCCAGAACGAUGACCGGGUGGCAGAGGCCUCUUAGCAGCAGGAUUCCUUCUCAAAGGCAUUGGACUCUUGCUUUUGCACAGUAAUGACAGACUGCUCACUGAAGCCAGAGGCACUGAAGAAAAAUAAACCCUGUGAUGCUUGAGCAGAACGGCUGACUGGGCUGAGCCAGCUCUGACUGGUGCUGUGGAAAGGGAUCGGGUCUACCCUUCCAGUAUUAUAUUCUCAAGCAAAAAGACUACUGUGGAGGCUCCAGGCAGGAAGCUUCUCCUUAUUUAUAUGUUAAUACGUUUGUAAACUCAUGUACAGUUUUUGUUAGAAAUUCUUGAUAGGACUCGUUACUGUAACGUUCGAUGAGAACACAUUGUGGCCUAAAACUUUAAAAAAAAAAAAAAAAAAACAAAAAAAAAAUCCUGUAGCAAAAGCUUUUCCUCCCAUGUGGCUAUCGAAGCGUCCAUGGCUGUGCCAAGGCCAGCAGGCAGGCUCCGACAGCGGCAGUGACUGGAGAACUCUGCAUGGAAGCUAUAUUUAAAACAAAAAAAUGGGGCAAACAAAAAGUAAAGGUUGGAAUGAAUCAUUGUCUACUCUCUAGUUUUCUCCUGUUCCCUUCCAGCUGCUCUCACGGCACAGUCGCACUCGGACGUCGGAAAUACCUCCUCAGUAGGAACCAGCGCGCCAAGAACUGGAGUGUAGGGACCAUCUGGGACCUGUGCAUGUGGGCGAGCUGUGCCUGUUGCUCCUGAGAAAAGCUGGGACCCUGCUGUUGGCAGCCAGGAGUUCUAGAAAGCCCAGUUAUCUUUAUAAAACCUUUGUAUAUUGAGUAGUCGUAGGGAAGCUCAGGUAGUCGGCUGUGUGUGGAUGUGGUUGCCUUGUGGCUUCCCCAUAAGCAUAGCAAAUACUGUAGUGACGUGCAGGUAUGUUUAAAUGAUCGAAUAUUCGGUAAUUUGAGUUAUUUAUUCAUAUUUUAAAGAGCUGCCGUCAGUCCAAGAAUCUUUUUGAUUUUUUUUUUAUGUAGCAAUGAGUGAAAUACUUUGGGAGGAGGCUUCCCUCUACUUGCUGACUCCAUCCCGUGUCUCUUUCCAGACACUGUCACAUAUCGUCUGAGAGGAUAUUUUUUCUUUUUCAUUUUUACCUUAGAUCUAUAAGGAACAUGUACUGAUUUUCCUGCUGAACGAAGCAGAUAAUUGUAGUGCCAGGUGUUAGUCUUGCUGCACAGUAGAAGAAUAUGAGCUGCUGAAUGCAGAGCCUUUGGAGAGCUGGUGAAAUAGGUAUUUAGAUUUUUUUUUUGUUGUUUGUUUAUCAAAGCCAUUAAUAACUUAAGUUUUCCAUCAGGAUUCUCUUUGCCACUUCGUGUUGCAAUG